GGUGGGCGAGGAGGUGGCAGGCGAGUGUGACGAUGCGGGAGACCCCGGGACUCCAGCCCCGCGCCCGCACGGCGCUCCUCCUGACCCUGGCGCUGACCCUGGCGCUGACCUUGGCCCUGACCUUGGCCGUGACCCUGGCGGCCAUCCUGGCCGGGGAGCUGCGCUCGCUGCGUCUCGAGUUGGGGGCCCUCAGGGCACAGGUGGGGGGCCUGGGGGAGCGGCUGGGGGGCUCACCCCAGGGUGCCCGGGGCGGUGGCGGGGGUCAAGGGGUCACGGACGAUGCCACGGCUGCUCGUGGCCCUGUGCUGCCGGCCCUAAUGGUCCCAGUCCGAUCGCGUCGGAGCCCGGCAGGGGAAGGGAAGCGAUCUAAGAAGAGUGAGUUUACAUACGAGACACAGAGCUACAUUCACCUCAAACCCGGGCCAGUUCUCGACAGCAAAGACGACGAGACUCGCAUUCAGUGGCAGCUGGGCCUCAAGAAGGGUGACGCUCUGAGCCUGCGGGAGAACGCGAUCCACGUGCACGAACGUGGAUCAUACUUUAUCUACAGCCAGGUGCUGUUCAGUGACCCCACGUUUGUGAUGGGUCACAUCGUGAGGCGAGGGGCCCACAGCAAGGUGGCGCUGUUCCGCUGCAUGCAGAACAUGCCGGAGAAGGAGCCCAACAACUCCUGCUACACCGCCGGCAUGGCGGAGUUGAAUAAGGGCGACGUGGUGGAGUUGGUGAUCCCGCGCGAGGAUUCGGCGCUCAGCCUGGAGGCCGACUCCACCUUCAUCGGUGUCAUGAAGCUCAUGUGACCUCGCGACGGUCACGUGACCCAGCGACGGUCACGUGACCCAGCGAUGGUCACGUGACCUCGCGACG